AACAUAUAUCGGUGGUGGUAAAGUCCUGUCCCAUCCCAUCGCAUCCUAUAUAGGGUUUUGGAUUUCUCUCUCUCUCUCUCUCUCUCUCUCUAUACUCUGUCUAUAUUCUAUUUCUCUAUUCUGAAGCAAAGGGCAAGGCACAACUGUUGUUUCAUUUCAAUCUAUCAGCUUUGCUAUUCUGAUGGCUUCGAAUUCGCCCAAGGAUCUUCCACCAGCUGAUGAGAAAGCAGGUUCAGCUGAGAAAAAAAAUUCCAAAUCUGAAACAUCCUCUGGGGAGGCACAGUCGGAACAAAGAAGAGAUGCCUCUCCACCAGGAGCUGGGAUUCCAGCCAAUCCUUUUGAUUUCUCAGCCAUGACUGGCCUGCUUAAUGAUCCAAGCAUUAAGGAACUGGCUGAACAGAUAUCAAGAGAUCCUUCAUUCAACCAGAUGGCAGAGCAGCUCCAGAAGACUUUCCAGGGUCCAUCAGUUGAAGAGGGUCUCCCUCAGUUUGAUUCUCAGCAGUAUUACAACACCAUGCAACAGGUUAUGCAGAAUCCUCAAUUUAUGACCAUGGCCGAGCGCCUUGGUAAUGCAUUAAUGCAGGAUCCAUCAAUGUCUAAUGUGCUGGAGAGUUUUACAAAUCCAUCAAACAAAGACCAGCUUGAGGAACGAAUGGCACGCAUUAAAGAAGAUCCAUCUCUGAAGCCUAUUUUAGAAGAGAUAGAGACUGGUGGUCCAGCUGCCAUGAUGAGGUACUGGAAUGAUAAAGAGGUUCUACAAAAGCUGGGUGAAGCAAUGGGUCUGGCAGUUUCAGGAGAUGCAGCCACUUCUGCUGAACAUUCUGGGCCAGAUGAAGCUGAAGAUCUGAGUAAUGAGGAUGAGUCAAUUGUUCAUCAUACUGCAAGUGUUGGUGAUGUAGAGGGCUUGAAAAAUGCACUAGCCUCAGGUGCAAACAAGAAUGAAGAAGAUUUAGAGGGACGGACAGCAUUGCAUUUUGCAUGUGGAUAUGGUGAGGUGAAGUGUGCUCAGGUCCUUCUUGAGGCUGGUGCAACAGUGGAUGCUUUAGACAAGAACAAAAAUACUGCACUUCAUUAUGCAGCUGGUUAUGGAAGGAAGGAAUGUGUGGCUCUACUGCUGGAGAAUGGUGCCGCUGUGACUUUACAAAACAUGGAUGGUAAGACUCCCAUCGAUGUUGCCAAGCUAAACAACCAACAUGAGGUAUUGAAGCUGCUUGAAAAGGAUGCUUUCCUGUAACUUCUGUAGAAGUGGUGCAUUAUGUAAGCCUUGGUUCAGGCUUUUCAUUGUGUGUUAAACCAAUUUGCUUUGACCAGCAUGAGGAUGUAGUUACUACAAUUUGAUGCCUUGUCUAUCCUAUAAUUACUGUGAUUGCUACAUUGCAUGAAUUUCAUAGUAACAUCAACAGGCUUCCUUGGGACAGUA